AUGGCGGCGGCGGCGGAGCCGGGGAGCUCCGGCCAGCAGCCGCCGCCGGGCCAGGGGCAGCCCCCGCAGCCGCCGGCAGCGCCCCCAGGCGGCGGGAGCGGUGGCGGCGGGAGCGGGGGCAGCAGCCGCCACGAGAAGAGCCUGGGGCUGCUCACCACCAAGUUCGUGUCGCUGCUGCAGGAGGCCAAGGACGGGGUCCUGGAUCUCAAGGCGGCUGCAGAUACUUUGGCUGUCAGGCAAAAGAGAAGAAUUUAUGAUAUUACCAAUGUUUUGGAAGGAAUUGAUUUAAUUGAAAAAAAGUCCAAAAAUAGUAUCCAGUGGAAAGGUGUAGGUGCUGGAUGUAAUACAAAGGAAGUUAUUGAUAGACUGAGAUAUCUCAAAGCAGAAAUUGAGGAUCUGGAGCUAAAAGAGAGAGAACUUGAUCAACAGAAAUUAUGGCUUCAGCAAAGCAUCAAAAAUGUUAUGGAUGACUCCAUUAACAACAGAUUUUCUUAUAUAACUCAUGAAGAUAUCUGUAAUUGUUUUAAUGGAGAUACACUUCUUGCAAUUCAAGCACCUUCUGGUACACAGCUGGAGGUACCUAUUCCUGAAAUGGGCCAGAAUGGACAAAAGAAAUACCAGAUCAAUUUAAAGAGUCACUCAGGACCUAUCCACGUGCUACUCAUUAAUAAAGAAUCCAGUUCCUCUAAGCCUGUGGUUUUUCCUGUUCCUCCACCUGAUGACCUCACACAACCUCCUUCUCAAGUCUCUUCUCCAGUGACUCCACAGAAACCUAAUACAGAGACCCAGAAUCUGCCUGAACAACACACCCUUACCAGAGGUCAACAUCUCCAGCAGACACCAGUUCCAGACACACCCUCAGGAUCUAUUAGUGGUGAUAUCAUUGAUGAAUUAAUGUCUUCAGAUGUGUUUCCCCUUCUACGGCUCUCUCCUACCCCUGCUGAUGACUACAACUUUAACCUGGAUGAGAAUGAAGGAGUGUGUGAUCUCUUUGAUGUACAGAUACUAAAUUAUUAGGUUCCACAAGAACUAUUUGGCCUGUUAUCUACCUCUAACUACAUACUAUAACAUCCUAGAUGAUUUCUUCAUAACCUAAGUGUUUAAAAUAAUGAAUGUAACAACUUUUUUAGUUCACUGACUCUGGGAGUAUUUUUUCCUUUUGUUUAAUUAUUUACUUCACAAAACUGUACCCAAAAGAACAAAAGGGCUUUGAUCUCUUCAGGGCAAAAAGUGACUUUGCAAGUUUUUCGGUUUGGUUGUUUUUUUCCCAGAACAAAAUUAGAGUCACAAAAUUGUUGUGGGGGGUGGGAGGGUGGUUA